AUGUCUGACGGCCUAAACCCCCUCCGCGAAGCCCGCGUAGCCGAACUGCUCUCCGACUUCCGCACCCUCCAGUACUUAAUCGCCGCCGUCCCCACCUCCCCCAGCAACCCAGACGACUACUACACCGAAGGCUGGGCCGCCCUCCGCCAGUGCGCGCUAGACGGGCAACACAUCUUGAACUGCGCAGCCGACAUUUCGAUUCCGUGUGCAUCUGGCCCGGGACCCGAUGAGCAGGCGAAAGCGGAACUCAAGCAGGUGUUGCUGGAUGCGUAUGCGAGACGACAUGAGGGACAAAAGAUUUAUCUGAGGCAGGCGGCGGCGCAGAGGUGGGUGGGGUGGAGGGAGAGUGUUGUUAACGGGGGAGGGGGGAUGGAGGGGGUGGAUGGGCAGUUGAGGGCUGAACUAGCAAACAUCACCGACGAAGCAAUCUACGCCGAACUCCAAGCGAACGACAUCAGGAUUGGCCGCUGGGUAGACGAGGAUCCGAGUCUGAGAGAGGUUCAGAGGUGGAUUCGCUCGAGGAGUCAGUGCUAA